AUGGCCUUGCAGAAUAUUGGUGCCGGUAACAGUGAUGAUGCCUUCUAUAGGUACAAGAUGCCUAGAAUGAUCACCAAAAUUGAGGGCAGAGGUAAUGGCAUCAAAACAAAUAUUGUCAAUAUGGUUGAUAUUGCAAAAGCCUUGGCUAGGCCAGCUUCCUAUACAACAAAGUACUUUGGUUGUGAGCUUGGAGCCCAAUCAAAAUUUGAUGAGAAAACUGGGACUUCCCAUGUUAAUGGCGCGCAUGAAACUGCAAAACUUGCUGGCCUUCUUGAGAUCUUCAUCAAAAAAUAUGUCCAGUGUUAUGGUUGUGGAAAUCCUGAAACUGAGAUCUUAAUUACUAAGAACCAAAUGAUCCAGCUGAAAUGUGCUGCUUGUGGUUUUGUGUCUGAUGUUGAUAUGAGAGACAAGCUGACUACCUUCAUCGUUAAGAAUCCUCCAGAAGUAAAGAAAGGAUCCAAAGACAAGAAGGCCAUGAGGAGAGCUGAGAAAGAGAGACUGAAGGAAGGUGAAAUGGCUGAUGAGGAACAGAAAAAACUGAAGAAAGAGGUUAUUAAGAAGAAAGGAACUUCAUCUUCCAAGGAUGUUGCGCCAAAAUCUACUUCUUCAAAGAAAAAGGCAAAUGGCUCUGACGAAGAGCGCCCAUCUCCUCCUCACAGUCAAAUUGAUGAGAAGGACGAGGUUUUUGACAAGGAAGAUGAGGAUGAUGACAUACAAUGGCAAACAGAUACAUCACUGGAGGCUGCUCGUCAACGAAUCCAGGAACAGUUGAGUGCCGUGACAGCUGACAUGGUCAUGCUUUCCACAGAUGAGCCAGAGAAGAAGGCCACAACCAAGGUAAGUAACAAUUCUGAGAAUGGUAACUCUUUAACCUACAGGACACUGGUUGCAGAAGUCAAAGCAAAUUUGAAUAAAGGUGUCAAGGCAAAAGAGUUGGUGUCCCAUCUAGCCGCACUUUCUGCAUCAGCUCAGGAAAAGAUGAGUGCCCUGUAUGAAGCCCUUUUUGGGGGCAUUGAGAAAGGGUUUGCAAAAGAAGCAAUUAAGAAGAAGAACUACCUUGCUGCUGCAGUUGCGGAGGAAGAGGGUUUCCAGUUGUUACUCUUGUGUGCAAUUGAGGAAUUUUCUUGCAAGUCUACAUCCAAUGCGUUGAAGGAAGUUGCCUUGGUUCUGAAGGCACUCUACGAUGCUGAUGUGUUAGAGGAAGAGCACAUAGUCCAGUGGUAUCAAAAUGGACUGAAAGGUGAUAACAAGAACUCUCAGAUUUGGAAGAAUGCUCAACCGUUCAUUGAAUGGCUACAGAAUGCAGAAUCAGAAUCGGAUGAAGAAUAA